CAUAAUUUAACAGCUAACAGUUGGGAUCUAAAGUUAAAACAUAAAUUCUAAUUUCUUCUGUAAAAGUUAGUACAUCCCUACAUUCAUCAUUAAGUGACUACAAUUACAAUCAAGCGCAAAUAAAUAGAACAUCAUUAAAAAGAAAGUAGCCUAUACUUAUUUAAACCUCAAUUGCUAUUUGUUAAAUUAUAUCACCUUCACUUAUUGAUACUGUCCAAAAAUAAAUACUUUCUAAUAUCUGUAAGGCUACAUAUGUUGAAAAAGGACAAAACAUUUAGUGGCUGUACUUACUUUUUCACAACACUCCUCAUUCCGAUGUAAGCAAAUGGAACUGUAUGACUAGUUGUAGAUCAUAUAUCUGAAAAUAAGAGUUUUGACCAGUCAAAACUCAAAUAAAGCUUAGAACAUCAAAUAUUAAAUGUCAAAAUGGCUUGCCAUACUUUAAUAAUCAUGUAUUCUAUGAGAAGCCACUUCCGCUAGAAGCUGAUUGGUCCGCAUCUGGUGACAUCACAUUGAUAAUGCUUUGUGGGGCCGUCUAGAGAUUUAAUUACGGAUCUGUGUUUGCACAUUAUAUUAUACGGACCGUUCUUCCUCGCUUUAACCCUCAUUUUAUUGAUUUUAAUGGGUCUGAUUUUAUCGUUUACUAAGAACAAAAACAUUUCUUCAUGAAAUAAACCCGCUCUCUUGUCUCUUGUCCCCGGACCAUCGCGUUGAUUCUGGAGCCAGUGUUUUUGUUACGGAGCGAUCCUGGGACGCGCGCUCGAUCUGUCGGCAUGUUCGGAUACUCGUCUAGAGGAUUAUAAACCACCGGAAAACGGUACUGCAGUAAGUAAAUUGUGAGAGCUGAGUAUAAAAAUAAUGAUGGACCAUUUGGCUACCACUAGUAGCACCCAGGGGCCGGUCCUGUGCGAACCCUCUUAUCCUCCCUGUAAAAUGGCCCGUAUGGAGAAUUCAAGAGAUCUACCUGUACCUGGAGUCACACCUGUGAGCCUGGCCUCCAAACAAACAACACCAUCAAACACUAACAGGAGGAAAGGCAGUCUGCUUCCUGUGUUCUGUCUGGUGGAGCAGAGUGAUGUCCCACCCUCAGAGAGGAAGAGGACGGAGCAUGCCGAAUUUGUUCUGUUGAAGAGAGACCUGCUGUUCAGCCAGAUUACAGAGGCUGCACUGCAAGAGCUGGGAUACACACACACCGCAGCGGCUCUGGCUACAGGUCAGAUUCAAGUUGGGCAUUGGAACCCUGUGGCUCUGUCCACUGUGACGGACACCUCUGACGCAACCGUAGGAGACAUGCUAGAAGACCUUUACCAUGUCAUCACCUUGAGAAUAAAGCUACACAGUGUUUCUAAAUUAGAGGAUUUACCUGCUGAGCAGUGGACUCAUUCUACUGUCAGAAAUGCCCUAAAGGAGCUGCUGAAAGAGAUGAAUCAGAGCACACUGGCUAAAGAGUGUCCAUUAUCUCAGAGCAUGAUUUCAUCAGUGGUAAACGGCACUUACUAUGCCAGCAUCUCUGCUGCGAGAUGUCAGGAGUUCGGCCAGUGGUACAAACACUACAAGAGGGCAAAAUCUAUGAUGGGUGACAUGAACAGGCACUGCAACCAACCCUCAUCUUCCAGCCAACCCACCAUGUACCAGCAACCAUUGGAAGGCAGUGGGGCGGAGUCACGUGGUGUUGUCCAGAUGCAGGCUGGAAUGCCUGGUCUGGUGAUGGCUCAGCUCCUCUCACAGCAGCAUGCCAUGUCUCAAUUUCUCACACAUACUCACACACACUCACAUGGGCCUCAUCCUGCGCCACUACGGACUCCUCCAAAAUGCAAUGUGUCCCCACCCACAGUAACUCAAUGUCCCUCACCUGUCACCGACGUGUCACCUGAAAUUUACCAUUGGGUGCGGGAGGAGUUGAAGAGGGCGGGGGUUUCCCAAGCGGUGUUUGCACGAGUGGCCAUUAACAGGACUCAGGGCCUGCUGUCGGAGAUCUUGCGCAAGGAAGAAGACCCACGGUGCGCGUCUCAGUCUCUUUUAGUUAACCUUCGAGCCAUGCAGGCCUUCCUGCAGCUGCCACAGAGCCAGAGGGACUCCAUCUAUCUGGAGGAAAGAGAGCGUAACCUCAACACUACCUACAGCACCAAUACCAGCUCACCUCUGCCCAUUCAGGCAAAACUUUCACCUGUUUCCAAGGAGAUUGUGGUGAAAGUGGAAUGCGAUGAUUCUGGAAUCAACUACGGAAUCUAUGAUGAAAUACAGCAGGAAAUGAGACGAGCAAAAGUGUCACAGGCCUUGUUUGCAAAAGUCUCUGCAGCCAAGAGUCAGGGCUGGCUGUGUGAGCUCCUGCGCUGGAAGGAGGAGCCUUCUCCUCAGAAUCGUACACUGUGGGAAAAUCUGUCUUUGAUUCGCCAGUUUCUAAAUCUCAGCCAAUCAGAGCGAGAUGUUAUAUAUGACCAAGAGAGCAAUACUGGGCAGACAUACUACUCAGAAAAACACACAAGAGCCCUGACUGAACAACUGCAAGUGAUACCGCAGCAUGUGGUGCCUCUAAAGCAGCAGCAACAACAACUACAUAAAAUUCCACCUCAGCACCAUCAACCCUUCCUCCAGCACCAUCUCAUCACUGGAGGUCUCAGAGACUCUCACAUGGGCCCAAAUCUUGGCGGCAGGUCGUUACCACCUGAAGCCCAUGCAAUCCUGCAGAGUUUCAUUCAGGAAGUGGGACUACAUCCAGAUAACGAGGCCAUUCAUACACUAUCUGCUCAACUGGGUGUAGCCAAAGAGGCUGUUCUCAGCUUUUUCAAUGGUCACAACUGGCUUAGACAGGAAGAACAGGACAACUGCAGAGAAAGAGUGAUUGAGGAAAGUGAAGAUGAUUACAUGGAGGCAGAAGAAGAAUGCAGGGAUACAAUGGAAAAAGAUGAGAAGGCAAAUGAAAACAUGAUGACAGGGAAACAAGACAUUGGUGUGGUGGAGCAGAAUGCAGCUACACAAACUCGUUUUAUCAUAACUAUUAAAGAAGAGGAGGAGCUUCCAUGUAAGGAGGAGCACGAUGACAGCCCCGCCUAUUGCCAAUUCAUAAACUCCUAAAAAUACGUACACUACAGUUUAAAAGUUUGGGGUCAUUUUGUUUGAAUAAAUUUAAUACUUUUAUUCAGCAUAAAAUCUGGAAUCUGGAAUCCUGAAGUGAAAAUGUAUCACCGUUUCCACAACAAUAUAAAGUAGCACAACUGUUUUCAGCAUUGAUAAUAAUAAGAAUUUUUCAAAUGAGCAUAUUAGAAUGAUUUCUGAAGGAUCAUAUGACACUGAAGACUAAGUUCUAAUAAUAUUUCACAAUAUUGCUGUCUUAACUGUAUUUUUAAUCAAAUAAAUGCAGCCGGGGUGAGCAUAAAAAACGUUCAAAAACAUCCAAAAACAUUCAAAAAUCCUACCGACCCCAAACCUUUGAACGGUAGUGUAUUAAAUCCCAUUUAAAUAAAUAAACCGCAAUGAAUUCCGGGUAAUUUAACAAUUUAAAUGUAGCCUAUUUAUGGUUGUGCCUUUAUGCACAAGGUGUUUUGCUAAAACCUCAUACUUUGGAUGGACUAUAGAGAUGGAAUUUUGAGGAUUUCUCAACGGACAUGCCACGGAAAGCAUAAAUUAAAUAUCACUGUUCUUAUUUCUGAAUAAAUGUUCUAUUAAUAUUAGGGGUGUAAAAACGCUGAUGUCUGACAUCAUGAUGUAUUACAUAAUUUAGGAAAGAACUGCAAUUGAAUUGUUGUUAACAAAAUAUUUACACCCCUAAAUGAAUAUAAUUUGCAGUUAUAUUAUGUUAUAUUAUUAUAGUAGCAUUAUUUAUUGGCUGGGUUCGUUUUCUGCCCAAAUCCUCAACUGUAUCUCUGCAGACAGGCAAUGUCAAUCAGUGUUAAUGGUGGCAUAUUCAGCCAGGCAGUGUUGUCUUUUACAAGAUUGUUGCCGGAGACCCAGAAACCGCGAUGUAUUAUAUGUUUAGAUGCAAACAGCACAUUACUGUAUUAUUGUCAAUAGAACAAAACACAAUAGAAACAGCACUUUGAAUUACAGUGAAUAAUUCUCUCUCUAAUGAAUUACAAUAAAUCUGUAGUGUUUGUUUUUGUUCA